AUGGCGAUGGCGCUCUCGCCAGCACAGUACAUAGCAGCUUCGGCCAACGACAAAGCCGUUGUGGCCAAAGCGAAGGCUCUCACCAUCUUAAGCAACAACGCGAACAGCAAGCCCAGCACAACUACCACUGCAACAGCGGACCUAUCGGAGCAGCUCAAUGAAGAAACGCGUAACCGCUAUGAAAAAGGCAGGAAGCUCGGCGAAGGCACUUACGCUGUCGUCUUUAAAGGCCACCUCAAGUCCGACCCGGCGUCCCUUGUGGCUAUUAAAAAGAUCAAGAUAAACGCCAACUACAAAGACGGCUUGGCUAUGGACGCCAUCCGCGAGAUCAAGUUUCUGCAGGAGCUGUCUCACCCGAACAUUAUCGCCCUCCAUGCCGUCUUUACCUCGAAAAAUCUGCAACUCAAUUUAGUCCUCGAGUUUCUGCCACGAGGGGACCUGGAGAUGCUGAUCCGAGAUCCGAAGAACGUGCACUACGGAUUAGCGGACAUCAAAGCAUGGAUGGUCAUGCUGUCAAGAGCGGUUUAUUUCUGCCACCAAAACUUCGUGCUCCACCGCGACAUCAAGCCCAACAAUCUCCUCAUCGCCGAAGACGGCGAGGUGAAGCUUGCAGAUUUCGGCCUGGCAAGAUCUUUCGCAGAUCCCUACGAGAAAAUGACCUUCGAAGUCAUCACCCGUUGGUACAGACCCCCAGAGCUGUUGUAUAAAGCAAGACAUUACAGUGGCGCUAUCGACGUCUGGUCCGUCGGCACCGUAUUCGCCGAGCUCAUUCUCCGCAAGCCAUGGAUGACAGGCACUACCGACAUCGACCAGAUCGACCACAUCUGCCAAAACUGCGGCACGCCCCUCGAGGAGAACUGGCCCGGAGUUAGCAAGCUAGACAAUUAUGUUCCCCCCGCGCCGUCAGCUAUACAUCCAAUACCUAACAAAGCGACAUGGCUGGGUAAUUUUGGCACCGUUGGCCCGCAGGGUGUGGAUCUGUUGCGACGGAUGGUGACCCUUGACCCUAGUAAACGGAUUACAGCUAGAGGUGUACUCGAGCAUGAGUGGUGGAUAUCUGACCCGAGGCCAACGAAGAAGGAGCAACUACCCAAGAAGGGCGGCGGUGAGGAGAAGAUGGGGGAGGAUCUCAAGAGGACAGGCCGGGAUUUUGAGGCGGAUGGACGGGUGGACAAAGUUGCGAGGAAGCUUUUCCCUUGA